AUGAUUGAUUUUAGACAAUAUGUGAAUGCUUAUAAAUUUACGUGGCAAGUAUCACGCGAUCAGUUGAAGCUUAUUGAAAAUAAGCGAACAAAAGCGAAAAGUCGCACAGCAAAUAAUGAGAACUUGCAUUCAAAGCGUCGGGUAAUUGAUAGCUAUGCAAUUUUGGGUAUAACAAAGGCCGAGUAUGUGUGUUUAAAACAGAAUAAGAAAAUCAAAUGGUCAAAAGAGGAGAUGAAGGCUUUAUCAGAUAUGCGCUCAAUGAAUCAUGAAAACUUGGCUGAUUUUUUUGGUGUUUGCUGCAACGAUGGUGACCGAUUCUAUGCACUGUACAAUUUGAUUGAACGAGCCUCCUUGGAAGACUUUGUUCGGGAUCUAGACUUUGAUUUUGACUCUACAUUUCAGUCAGCUUUUUUAAAUGACAUACUAAGGGGCCUCCAAUACUUACAUAAAAGUAGAGUCGGUUAUCAUGGUUUGUUAAAUGUGCACACUUGUCUGAUCGAUGCAAAUUGGGUGUUAAGGAUGUCUAAUUUUGGUUUAUCAACAGGCUUGAACGGAUUUAUUGAAGAUGGAUCACUGCAUGUUCUUGAUAAAUUACCAAAGUCUGUUUAUGUGCAUGUUGCACCAGAACAUUUGAAAGAUUUAUCAGUUCCAAACGUUUAUCCACAAGGCUCUCCAGAAGGAGACGUUUACAGUUUUGGCGUGAUUCUCUAUGCUAUGCUCAAUCGUUGUCUUCCUUAUGAAAAAGCUGGUUUGUCUUUAACCGAAGUAGUUGAUGGAGUCGUACAUCGAAAUCUACGACCAGAGUGCAAUGAUUUGCAAAACGCUCAGUUGUUAGAAAUUAUGAAUCAGUGUUUUAAUCGAACCCACGAAACACGACCAAAUCUUCGUGAUGUUCAGAGGACAAUCAAUGCUGCUUAUCCAGCCUCGUAUGGGAAUCUGGUGGACCAAAUGCUUCGAAUGAAUGAAAAGUAUGCCGAGAACUUGGAAAAAAUUGUCGCUGAAAGAACGUCACUGUUAGCUGAAGCACAAGAACAGACCGAUAGAUUAUUGUGUGAGAUGCUUCCUCCGACAAUCGCUGCACGAUUGAAGGCUGGAGAAGCAGUUAUACCACGUAACUAUAAAAGUGUUACUGUAGCGUUUCUACAGAUUUGCAAUUUUGAAAUUCUGAUGAAAAAGUGUUCGCCAGAUCAGGUUAUCUCGUUUUUGAAUGAAAGCUUUUCAACUUUUGACUGGUUACUGGAGCAUAACGAUGCAUAUAAGGUUGAAACAACUGGUGAAAAUUAUAUGGUAGCUUCUGGCGUGCCAAACGAAAAUGAAAAUAGACAUGUUGGCCAAACAAUUAAAUUAGUGGCUGUACCAGAAUGGAAGUUUGUCAUAAGAAUUGGAUUUCAUACGGGACCUAUUGCUGCUGGAGUUAUUGGUUUACGUUCUCCUCGAUACUGCCUUUUUGGCGACACUGUCAAUUUUGCAUCACGUAUGCAAAGCACAUGUAAUCCAAAUCAAAUCCAAAUUGCUGAGUCGACGGCUAAUUUGUUGAAAGGUUCACCAAAGUAUCGAUUAACAAAACGGGGCAUUGUUAGCGUCAAAGGGAAAGGUGAAGUGAACACAUUUUGGUUGCAUGGCAAUACACCAGAAUCAGGUGAACCAGAAAAAGCUGCUGCUUAG